GUAUGGUUGGAACAUUGGAUCUGCUUUUCCAGUUUAACAGUAUCACUUUUUUUGAAGAUUGUUAAUGAAAUUAAUAGGAACAGUUUUUUUUGUCCUUGGGGAUAGCAAAAACACAGGGGACGUCAUCGUCAAGUGGGUGGAGUGUGCCUUGUUCAACUAUCACACCUCAACUGUAGAACCCUGGACCUACCAACCCGUCUGUCUUGUUUUUUUGUUGGACCAGGCUGAGGUACGGCGAGAGGAAGCAGGAUGUCCAAUAACAUGGCUAAGAUUGCAGAUGCUCGCAAGACAGUGGAACAGCUGAAACUGGAGGUCAACAUUGAAAGAAUGAUGGUGUCCAAAGCAGCAGCUGAUCUAAUGGCCUUCUGUGAGGCUCAUGCCAAGGAGGACCCGCUGGUGACACCAGUGCCAUCCUCUGAGAACCCCUUUCGGGAGAAGAAAUUCUUCUGUGCAAUACUCUGAUCCCCGCACUUAUAACCCCAAGUUUUGUGUCAUUAUUAGCAAGAAUUAAUUGGCAGUUCUAAGGAAUAAAUCUGAUAGUAACAGUGAAGAACACUUGAAAAUGUUGGUUUUGUUAUGCCUAGUCAGGGUGAUGAUUUUGUAUUUAAAAACCUGUAUAGUAAAUGCUUUAAAUAUUUAUCUGGAUUGAUCUGAUUGACUGAAAUAAACAUUAUUGAUGAUGGGA